CGUCACGUGAUGCGCGAGGAGUUUUCACCCGCGACGGGUUCUAGUGUGCCGCUUUAUGAUGGAGGAUCACAUGCAGUGCGCGAUCUGCUUGGAUCUGUUUAAAAUCCCAGUGACGAUACAGUGCGGCCACACUCUCUGCAAGGACUGCAUCUCCAAGUUCUGGGAUGGCAAAGAGAAAGAUAGGCAAGACCUUAUUUGUCCUGUUUGUAAAGAGAAGUUCCCCACAAGGCCUCAGCUCAAUCGUAAUGUUUCUCUGUCAGUUUUAAUGGAAGCGGUGGCCUUAAACAGUCCAACGAAGAGAGAUGUGUUCACAGGAGCUGUGGUCCACAUGGAGCCAGAGUUCUGUGAGCGCCACCAGAAACCGCUGGUCAUUUACUGCAGGAAUGACCUCAUGUGCGUUUGCUAUGAGUGUUCUGUGAAGGAGUGUAAGGGACACGAUCAGAUUUUGGUGGAAGAAGGACGAAAGAAUCGAGAGGUGUGCCGCUUUAUGAUGGAGGAUCACAUGCAGUGCGCGAUCUGCUUGGAUCCGUUUAAAAUCCCAGUGACGAUACAGUGUGGCCACACUCUCUGCAAGGACUGCAUCUCCAAGUUCUGGGAUGGCAAAGAGAAAGAUAGGCAAGACCUUAUUUGUCCUGUUUGUAAAGAGAAGUUCCCCACAAGGCCUCAGCUCAAUCGUAAUGUUUCUCUGUCAGUUUUAAUGGAAGCGGUGGCCUUAAACAGUCCAACGAAGAGAGAUGUGUUCACAGGAGCUGUGGUCCACAUGGAGCCAGAGGAGUUCUGUGAGCGCCACCAGAAACCGCUGGUCAUUUACUGCAGGAAUGACCUCAUGUGCGUUUGCUAUGAGUGUUCUGUGAAGGAGUGUAAGGGACACGAUCAGAUUUUGGUGGAAGAAGAACGAAAUAAUCGAGAGGCAGGACUGAGGAUAAAGUGUAUGGAAAUCGCGAAACACCAGGAAGCCACAGAAAGAAGCCUGCUAGAGCUCAAAGAAAACCUGUCACAAGCCAAGGUAUCUCUCCAGCAGACGUCUCUCUGGGUGAAUAGCAAGUUUUCUCAGGUGAUGAAGGUGCUGGCAGAGAAACAGGAAGUGACGCAGCUCUUUCUGGAGCAGCAGCAGGAAUUGACAGUGUUGCAGGCAGAAGAGAGGUUGGCAGUGCUCCAGGAGAGAACAGAGAAGCUUGCAGCCCUGCAGGAGGAGAUCAGCAGCAUGUGUUCACUCCCUCACUGUCAGCUCAUCAAGGACUCCCGGUUCAUAGAGGUCCCUCAGUUCAGUGCAGUUGCUGUGGAUGUAAACACAAGCGUUCUGGAGAAGCUGAACCCUGUCACUGAUGUUCUGACUCGCAUCUCUAAACUGGUGUGUGAAGAUCUGGUGAGAGCUGCACAGGUUAUCGGAGGACAGGACAAAGAGAGCUCUCCUCAAGAUAAAAGGCCCAUUCUGGCUGUUGUUCCAAGCCCUGCAACACUGUCAUGUCCAGUAAAGAGUGAGGGGCUAUCUGCAUACCAUUGCAGUCUUACCUUUGACCCUUGCACCGCCAACGCUCACUUGCGCCUUUCCCAGAGCAACAGGAAGGCGGAGCAUCUCACCUCUGGACCCUGCCCCGUCCAAGCCGACGAGUCCCGCUUUGACCACACUUGGCAGGUAUUGUGUCUCCAAAGCUUCAUGCACGGCCAGCAUUACUGGGAGUUGGAGGUGUCCAAACCAUGGGCAUACGUCGGUGUGACGUAUCCGAACAUCCCGCGCAAAGAGAAAGGCAAGCGCUGCAUGGUGGGCAUGAAUGAGCUGUCGUGGAGCCUGCAGCUCUAUGAACGGCAGCUGAGCGCUUGGCAUGACGGCUGCAAGGAGCCCAUCACAGGUCAGCUGCAGUUGAACUCACAGCCAGUGCGCAUCGGAAUGCUCCUGGACUAUGACGCCGGAACGUUAACCUACUACGGCGAGGGACAGGUUCGGCUGCACGCCUUUCACUAUGCAUUUUCACAAGCACUGUUACCGGCAUGCUGGAUUGGGGAAGGUGUCAGUAUUACACUCUGCAAUCCCAGAGACUGAGAAUAUUUAAUUGUAAUAUUGUUGAUCUUUUUCAUGUAACUCCUAGUAGGUUGUUUUGUGGAAAUAGAUUAAUUUCCCUGCAAGGAUUCCUUUCCUUUCUGCUAGGAUCCCUUUUCCUUGAGAAAAUAGAUGCUUUUUCUGCUAGGAUCCAUUUUCCUUGGGGAAGUAGAUGGAUUUCUUUGUUAAGAUACCUUUCCUUGAGGAAGUAGAUGGAUUUCCCUACUAGGAUCCUUUUUCUUGAGGAAAUAGAUGCAUUUCCCUUCUAGUGUCCCUUUUCCUUGGGGAAGUGGAUGGAUUUCCCUUCUAGUGUCCCUUUUCCUUGAGGAAGUAGAUGAAUUUCCCUACUAGGAUCCUUUUCCUUAGGGAAGUAGAUGCAUUUAUUUAUUAGGAUCCCUUUCCUUGAGGAAGUAGAUGUAUUUCUCUACUAGGAUCCUUUUCCUUGAGGAAGUAGAUGGAUUUCCCUACUAAGAUCCCUUUCCUUGAGGAAGUAGAUGCAUUUCCCUACUAGUAUCCUUUUCCUUGGGGAAGUAGAUUCAUUUAUUUGUUAGGAUCCCUUUCCUUGAGGAAGUAGAUUAAUUUCCCUACUAGUAUCCUUUUCCUUGAGGAAGUAGAUGGAUUUCCCUACUAGGUCCCUUUUCCUUGAGGAAGUAGAUGCAUUUCCCUACUAGGAUCCUUUUCCUUGGGGAAGUAGAUGGAUUUUCCUACUAGGGUCCCUUUUCCUUGGGGAAGUAGAUGCAUUUCUUUGUUGGGAUUCCUAAUGUUGGCAAACAUGAGAAAUGUGUCCUUGUUUCCUCACCAUUUCUUCCUUUUUGUUUGUGAGCAAUGGUGAGAUAUGAUUGGCUCAGGAUUCCCUGGAAGGUGCUGUAAAAGCUUUGGUUUGGUCAUUGAAUAAUUGUGUAUGGAUGAAUCUACUUGCGCAGUCUUUGGGGCAGUUCACACGGGACAUCUGUGCAUUGUUUUUUUCUAUGUACAUAUACACUAGAAUGGAUGUCUUCAACCAAUGCAAAAUGUUUUUAGAAUGCCAUGUCAAGUUAAAAACAGUGCAAUAAUGUAUUCUGUUAAGGGGCCGUUCCCACAUGCAACAGUUUGCAGCGGCAAGCAACUAGAAUCAUUUAUUUGUGUGGUGAUUUGCAUCUAAAAUAAAUCAAGUCCUGCUGUCUCUACGAUUUACAUUUGCCGUUUUUAACGUUCAGAAUCAGGUCAUGUUUUAUCAUCUAUUUGCCUGCAGUCAAGCAAGACAAACAAGUAUCAUGUGGUCAUGUACCUGUUUUCCUGUGGCUUCAGGUUCUGUUAACUGUGAAUUGUACCUCCACUGUAUGUUUUAUUACUAUUGUUUUUUGUUGCAGAGUUUAACUACGCAACUACUGUACAUCAUUGUGUGUAUCAUUUCUCAUGGCAUACUUUUCUGAUACAGUAUCGUAUGUACUGUUUACUUUUUUAUACAAUUAAAAAUUGUAAUAUACAUUUACUACCAACAGGUCAAAUUUGUGCUCCGUAUUGGGAGAUUGUUCGAGUAUUCUUCAAUAUUAAAGAAACAUAAGCCAUUUGGGCUGCAUAAGUAAAGGGAAAACUGGAAAAGGACAUCCUUUGGGAAUAAUAAAGUCAUUCCGAGAAGUCUUUUAUAUCUCCUGGCCCUAAUUUUGACAGGUUG